UCGAUGAAGAAACUUGGGUUGCUAGAUCAGCUCUGCGCCCAGUCCAACCCAAAGCACCGCACCGCAUCAGCAUCCACCAGCCAGCCUCCCUGUCUCCGCGACUCCGCCUCUCUCUCUCUCUCCGCCGCUCCCUACACCGUUCGCGUCGGCUCCUCUCCUCGUGUCCCGAAACCCUCGCCAUGGCGGAGUCGCCCGAGAACGCCGCCCCCACCCCACCGCCACCAGCGCCACUGGUGUCUUCCUCCCCGCCCCCGAAGUCAGGGAUCCCGCCGCGGUACGACCUGGACGCCAAGUGGGACGCGUGCCUCGACCUCUCCAUCCGCCGCGUCGCCUACUCCUCCCUCGCCGGCGCCUUCGCGGGCCUCCUCCUCUUCCGUAGCCCAACUACGCGCUGGGCGUCAGUUGCACUUGGAGCUGGUGUGGGGAUAGGGGCGGCAUACACUGAAUGCUCCUACUUAUUCAAUGGUGCUCCUCCAAAGUGGUCACCCAAAGUCUCAACUGUUCCUUCUGCUCACUCUGAGGGAGAAGACAAGUAAACAUUCUCAUUGGAUGGGUCCAUCUCGGUGGAGUUUUGGAGUGUGUUCUUGAACUAGUUGCGUCAUGUUUGAUAUCACGCUAUUUAUGGCCAUAGUAUGACAUCAUCGAAGUUAGCAUGUACCACACUUCUGAGUCUUGUUUACACUUCGUGCAAACCUAUUCCAAUCGUGGUCUGAUGACCCCUGGCUGCGCACUGCGAGAGCUUUGUAAGCUGCCUUCAAUUGAUGGCUCAGUGACCAGGAAUAAAUCUUCCAUCAUGUGACUUGUUAGCAGCGUGCAUGCAUGGUACACAAUCCAUUGCCGGGGAGGUUCCCUUGCGCUGUUCCUAUG